AUGGUGUGUUUAACAACGUUUCAGUCGACUUCUGGUGUUAUGGUGAACCCUGACGUCCAGGCGACGUUCCAAAAGUUGAGCGAGGGAAAGAAAGAGUUCCGAUAUAUCAUCUUUAAAAUUGAGGAACGUGAAGUUGUUGUUGAAGCUGCUGUUUCGCAAGAAGAACUAGGUCUUACGGGUGAUGACUACGAUGACUCAUCUAAAGCAGCCUUCGAGAAAUUCGUAGCUGAUAUCAAGGCGCGUACCGAUGGCUUUACGGAUUGCCGUUAUGCUGUAUUCGAUUUCAAGUUCACAUGCUCCCGCGUUGGUGCUGGGACUUCCAAAAUGGACAAGAUUGUAUUCUUACAGCUAUGUCCGGAUGGUGCCUCUAUCAAAAAGAAAAUGGUGUACGCUUCGUCGGCCUCUGCAAUCAAAGCGUCCCUUGGGACCGGCAAAAUCCUUCAGUUCCAGGUGUCGGAUGAGUCGGAAAUGUCUCAUAAAGAACUGCUUUCGAAGCUGACGGAGAAAUAUGCGGACAACUGA